ACGAUCCCUCUCGUCACGCUCUAUGUCAGCAUGGGUUUCAUCACAGCCAGGACCGUAUUUAGAGCUGUGGAACACUUUGCAUUCGAGGAUCUAACAGGCACCGCUUCCGAUGCCUGUCCGCAGGCGCGUGACACUCCGGCGGUCGUGUUAUACGAGUGGUGCUUUUGUGUCUUCGAGGCGACCUUUAUGCUGUCAGCCAUUGCUGUCUUCAACCUCUUCUAUCCGGGUCGGUUCCUGUCGUCAGACAACAAGAUCUACCUGGCGCAAUAUGGGCAGACUGAGCUUGAGGGGCCCGGCUGGAGUGACAAACAUUCGUUUACAAUGACACUCUUUAUGGUGGCGGCCACAUAUAUUCAAAAAGCAUCUCACGGAUAUCGCAACACUUUGCCAAGCGCAGCCAUGCAUACCUAUACUCAACUCCCCACAAGCCUUCCUUGCGAGGUCGUUGCGGCCCUUCAACCCGAGUGUCGGCCAAAGAUUGGCCAAGCACGGCGUCAUCAAGUCUUGGCUGCCUCUGUAGGGCUCCCACACCAUCCAAGCCCGCUUUCACUAGGCCGCGUCGGUGCUCUGCUUCAAUGGCCGGCGCUGAAGGAAGAGUUCUCCUGCAUUGCCCGAGCUGUCGUCACCGACCAAGCUGGUGUGAUCGGCAUGCAGGCUCCCGAAUUCCACGUUGUUCUUGCCAUUUUGCUUCCCGGGCUGGCUGUCAAACCUGGCAUGAAUCUGCCAACCUUGCAACACCUCUUUGACAAAGCUACUCAAGAUAACGCCUGCAGCAACAUCAGCAGUGAGGUUGACAGGAAUGAUGGCUACCACAAUGACGCCGCUACGCUGUGGAGAUAUGGACUGAAAGUCUGUUUGGAAACGGCAAAAGAGCCAACUGAAAACGCAGAUUUGAGCGCUAUCUACGCACAGUCAAUUCUUGGCUUACUGCUACGGAUAAGGCACAAAGAUGACUACAAGCAUAUGGUUCACUGGGUUCGAGAUGCGGACUUGUUCACCCAGGUCUGGGUAUUCUUUUGUACGCUGGCGUUUAUGCAAUUCACGGAGCUGGAGGCUGCCUACGAGCGAUUGAGUCUUGCGGCGAAGAUGCGGUUUAAGAUGGCCAGCCUUUUGAGGAGGAAUUAUUAG